GCGAUCCGCCAAUGGGGAGUGGUUUUUACAAUCUUUUGAAAGCAAAACUUACUCCAAAACCACCUUAACACCAACGAAUCAUUUUCUCUCUCUUCUUCUUCUUCUUUCUUUUUUUUCCUCUCUAAACUUUCAACUUUCUGAUCCGCAGGACCGAAAUUGUUCAGCUGCAACAAUAACUCACCGUUAAUUCUCCGAUUUGGAAUUCUUGAUCGAGUUUUACCUGAAGGACGCAAUUAAAUUCGUUGCUGUUGUAUUCCAGGACGUGGAUUGGAGGGGAAUCUUGUGGGAUUUUUCGGAUAUUUUCCCCCUUGCUUUCUUUUUGUGGAGUCUUGAUCUCAAUCUCGAAGUCAUUGUCGGUGGGGUGGUUGAUGCGAGCUUAGAUUACAUGGUGGUAUUUGGCCGCCAUGGAUUGUGGUAGGCACGGUGGGGAGGCUGUGCUAGGGUUGUUGUUGUUGUUGUUCAGUUGUCGUGGCCAACGAUGACUACCUGAAGGAAGCUGCAUAGAGGAUGAUGCAGCUUCACUUCUCGCCUAGCAUGAGAAGCAUCACGAUCUCGACCAAUAAUGGCUUUAUUGAUUUCAUGAAGAUCAAGGUUGCAGCUCGCCAUAUCUCUUACCGGACCAUUUUCCACACCUUCCUCCUUCUCGCAUUUCUCUUGCCUUUUGUCUUUAUCCUCACUGCCGUCGUUACCCUCGAAGGCGUCAAUAAGUGCUCCUCGUUUGAUUGUUUAGGCAGGCGGUUGGGACCACGACUUCUUGGUAGGGUUGACGGUUCAGGGAGACUUGUCAGUGACUUUUACAAGAUUCUCAAUCAAGUUAAAACUGAGGAAAUACCCGAUGGACUAAAGCUGCCCGAUUCAUUCACUCAAUUGGUUUCAGAAAUGCAGAAUAACCAAUAUGAUGCAAAGACCUUUGCUAUAAUGUUGAAGGCAAUGAUGGAGAAAUUUGAAAAGGACAUUAGGGAAUCUAAGUUUGCAGAGCUGAUGCACAAGCACUUCGCUGCAAGUUCUAUUCCAAAAGGCAUCCACUGUCUAUCUCUUCGUUUAACUGAUGAAUAUUCAUCUAAUGCUCAUGCACGCAAACAACUGCCGUCUCCAGAGUUACUUCCUUUACUCUCAGAUAACACUUAUCACCACUUUAUUUUGUCAACCGACAACAUUUUGGCCGCUUCUGUUGUAGUCAAUUCUGCUGUGCAGACUUCUCUCAGACCUGAAAAGAUAGUAUUUCAUGUCAUUACUGACAAGAAGACUUAUUCUGGUAUGCACUCAUGGUUUGCACUAAAUCCUAUCGCACCUGCUAUUGUUGAAGUGAAAGGUGUUCAUCAGUUUGACUGGUUAACAAGAGAGAACAUCCCAGUGCUUGAAGCUGUAGAAAACCAGAACGGAAUAAGGAGUUACUACCAUGGGAAUCACAUUGUUGGUGCAAACCUCAGUGAUACAACACCACGGAUAUUUGCUUCUAAACUGCAGGCGAGAAGUCCAAAAUAUAUAUCCUUACUCAACCAUCUUCGCAUUUAUUUACCAGAGCUCUUCCCGAACCUGGACAAGGUGGUUUUCUUGGAUGAUGAUGUUGUGAUUCAGCGUGAUUUGUCUCCCCUUUGGGAGAUUGAUCUUGAAGGAAAGGUAAAUGGAGCUGUGGAAACUUGUAAAGGGGAUGACGAGUGGGUAAUGUCGAAGCGGUUCCGCAACUACUUUAAUUUCUCUCAUCCAAUCAUAGCAAAGCAUUUAAAUCCUGAUGAAUGUGCUUGGGCCUAUGGGAUGAACAUUUUUGAUCUUCGUGCUUGGAGAAGGACAAAUAUAAGGGAAAUUUACCACUCAUGGCUGAGAAAGAAUCUUAGGUCAAACCUGACAAUGUGGAAGCUGGGUACCUUACCCCCUGCUUUGAUUGCAUUUAGAGGCCAAGUUCAUCCUAUUGAUCCUUCAUGGCACAUGCUUGGCUUGGGCUAUCAGGAACGGACCAAUGUCGAGAAUGUGAAGAAUGCUGCAGUUAUCCACUACAAUGGGCAACUAAAACCAUGGUUGGAGAUUGGAUUUGAGCAUCUUCGACCGUUCUGGAUUAAGUAUGUCAAUUACUCCAAUGAUUUUAUAAGAAACUGUCACAUCGUGGAAUCAUAGGUAAUUGUGAAAGAAGUGACUGAAAGGAGGAUGAGCAAAAGCAGGGUCAGCUAAAUUGAAUUGGUUGGGCAGAUGAGCACCGAUUUCCUUGUCCUGAUCAUCCAUUUGGGGAUUCACAUUCGUCUCGCAUCAGAUUCAUUCUUUUUCAGUUUGUAGCCAUUAGAAAUUUUUGGUUUUUUUUUUUUAAUAUUUUUGGGUACUGUUAUUCAUGUUGCUGCAGGGGGUUUGAAUUUAGUUCUCCUGGUUACCACUACUUACUAAGUGGAAUAGAAGAGAGGUUAUUAGGAAAGAAAAAAAGGUUUCACUGAUGCCUAUGAUGCUGUCAUGCCAUUAGGUGCACAGAAGGUCUAGGACAGCCCUCCCUACAAAACCACAUUUUUCCCGCCAGUUGCUUUUCAUUUUUUAUGUCCAUCUUCAUCUGAUACCCCAUAUUAAUAUAGUCAUUUUUUAGAAACUAGGUUAUGGAAAAACAUUUGCAACUACAGGUCCCACUCAACUGGGUUUUUUUUUUUUUUUUUUUUUCCCUCCCCUUUUUAGGCUCAUAUCUCUAUUCGUUUUGUAAUAUUCACGAUAUACAUUCGAAUUCAAAACAAAAUGUGCAGAAAAUUCUUUUUCUCCGUCUUA